AUGGAGGAGCCACCAGCAAAGAAAGUCCGGGUCCAUUUCGGGAGCCUGGAAGAGCAAGAGAAGAAGCGACUAGCCGAAGAAGCUGUUACAAAAAGCGAAGAAUCUGAUGCAACCAAUAAAAUAAUUUCAGCAGCCGUACGGGCUGGAAUUGAGGCUGGCAAUAUCAAUAUCGACAUUGCAGAAGAUGAAGCCAUGGAAGUGGCCACCAUGCCUGACACUCGGCAUCACGAGUUGAUCGCUGAGUUUGAGCGAAGGAAGCAGGUGAAGACUAUCGUGGUGCCUACAGACGAUGCCAAGGUCAAGGCCAUUCUACGAGAGUACAGAGAGCCUAUCUGUUUAUUUGGCGAGGGCCCAGCGAACAGACGACUCCGACUGAGAGCCCUGCUCAGUGAGCACGGUGAAGGGGGUGUGAUCAGAGAAGAGCCUCCCCCGCAACCCUCCGCCCCCGAACCAGGCUCCAACAAGGUGUGGUAUCACGAGGGACCAGCAGAGCUGAUGGCUGCACGAUACGCUGUGGCUGAAUACUCAGUGGCAAGGGCUGAGCAGAGACUGAAAGCUGCUCGAGCUGAAGCUAUAAAGCCAGGUCCAGAGAAGGCUGCCAAGAAAAUGGAGCUGCACAAAGGACUUCGAAAAUUGGCCAACUCUUGCAGUCAGAUUGGAGAUGACCGACCUAUUUCUUAUUGUAACUUCUCACCGAACUCAAAACUACUGGCCACAGCUUCAUGGAGUGGUCUCUGUAAGCUGUGGUCUGUACCGGACUGUGAGCUGGUCCGUGUGUUGAGGGGGCAUCAGGAACGAGCAGGGGCUAUUGUAUUUCACCCCCAGGCCACCAUCUCCCUACCCCCCACAGCUCUGGCAAUGGCCUCCUGUGCAGCAGAUGGAUCUGUGUGUCUAUGGAACUUGGAGAGUGAUACCCCCAUGACUGAGCUGGGGGGUCAUCAUGAUCGUGUGUCCAGGCUCUCCUUUCAUCCUUCAGGGAGACUACUAGCCACUGCUUGUUUUGAUAAGUCGUGGAGGCUCUGGGAUUUAGAGUCAAAGACAGAGAUACUUCAUCAGGAAGGACACUCCAGGGCAGUGUUUAAUGUGUGCUUCCAUCCAGAUGGUUCUCUGGCAGGAUCUUGUGGAAUGGAUGCUUUCCCACGACUUUGGGACUUGAGAACUGGCAAGUGUGUCAUGUUAUUAGAGGGUCACCUGCAGAAUGUGUAUGCCAUGGACUUCUCUCCGUCAGGCUAUCACAUAGCAACCGGAGGUGGGGACCAUAUUGUCAACAUCUGGGAUAUUCGCAAAGGAGACAAAAUAUACACCAUACCGUCACACACUAACCUGGUGUCACAUGUCAAGUUUCAAGGUACCUAUGGCCACUAUCUAGUGACCUCCUCGUACGACAACACGGCCAAGGUUUGGGCCCACCCUGGUUGGACACCACUCAAGAGCUUGGCCGGUCACGAGGGAAAGGUCAUGUGUGUGGACACUUCACCAGAUCAAGAGUACUUUGCAACAGCUUCUUACGAUAGAACAUUCAAGUUGUGGGAGAAAGAAUAACAACUUAUCGUUAUCUUUGUAUGUGUUUCUGGUAUUACCCGUUUUCUUUGUUGACUACGAAUCACGGAUAUUCUCUCAUAACUGUUGACAAGAGAAUGAGACUAUUAUUUACACACGA